AUGACGGCGACAUUGAAAGCGGUCAGAAGUGAUACGAGUAGGAAGAUGAUACUUUCAAUUUAUCGUCAAUUGUUGAGAGAAGUUCAGAAACAAUUUACGCCAUAUAAUAAAAAUCCAUAUUGGAAACUAGAAUUGAUCAAAGAGUUUCGUCAAAAUCGAGAUGCGAGCAACAAAGAACUAUUAGAAAAACUUGAUCAAGACGCAACCGAUUUAUUGAGUUUCCUGAGGAGUAAUCGUAGAUAUGGCGAAUUAUUGACGCAAUUGGAUCCAAUGCAUGGGUUGACUGAACAACAACGGGUUGAAAAAACGGCAAACCGCGUUGGAUUAAAAGUUCCUGCUGGUAACACCUAG